CUAACUACCAUAUUCCCUCACACCUUCACUCACUCUUCAUCCUCUCCUGAUCUCUGACCCUCUCCUUUUCCCUUGCCCUAGCUUCAUUCCACCCUCACCGGAAAGCCUAGCGGAUGGCUGAUUCCCAGAGGCAUAAGCACGGCGGCGCCGGAAGCCGGAAGCAGCAACAGCAGCCGAGCCGCCUGCAAAUGCGAGCACCGUCUUCCUUACAGGUAAAUCGGUCGUGUGAUUGGAACGUGGCGAUCCCCCUGUUAUCGCCUCUCGCCUCGUCGCCGCCUCCGGCUAAACUCGUCGCGCCGGCGACGGAAAGGGAAGAGGCUCGGCAGGUGGAUCUGAGCCAGCAGCAGCAACGCCAACAAGGGCCGGAGCCGGAGAAGGUGGUGUUUAAAAAGUGGCAGCAUCCGGCGGCUCCGUUCUGUUGCGAACAGUCCUCGGUGGCGCCUCCUUUCUUCCGCUGUGUAUAGAUAUUAGUUAUAACGGUCGUAGGAUGAUCGGAUGGUUGAGAACUGGACAGGAGAAGAUCUAAGGGUGUAUGUUAUGGCAGAAGGAUUCUAAUCUUGGGUCCAGUCGAUAUUGCUGAUUGUAUACUGUGGGGUCUAACCAUUGUAGGAUGGACUCUAUUUUUUUCUCCUGGGUUCCCCCCCCCCCCCACCCCAAACAAAAAACAAAAUUUCACUCUAACACGUUAGAAAUUCCCUCGUGUAAUUUACCUCAAUUGAUUAUUAGAGGUCCAUUCAAUUUUAAAUUGUACACAGUAUAAUUCUUUCAUAAUUUUCUGUUACUGGGUUUUAGCCCGCGCGCAAAAUUAAACAUCGAUGAAAAGUCAUGUUGCUUAAAAUUAAUGAAAAAUUUAAAGAGUUUCUGAUUAA